GUUGAUAUCAUUCCAAAGAUUCACAUUACAACAACUGUUUGUUGGUUGAAAGUUUUACAAAAUGAAUCUCAUCAUAAUUUCACUUGUAAUAAUCACUUUACUGUUUCAAAUCAAUCAAGCCACUAAAAUCGAAUUAAGUUCUUACGAUUUGUUGAUUAAAGCCAAUAUAACUAAUGAGGAAUCAAACAAUACUUGGUAUUUGGCUGAAACAGUUUAUUUCAAGCCCUUUAUUCAUGGAGUAAUCAAGAUACAGAAAGGUGACAUCGAGAUGCAAGUUCAUUAUAAUCUCACACUUCAAAAGAAUCGUUUUCUUUGAAAACCGUGCCAUGGAAAUGGAAAGUAUUCGUAAUUUCUCUUGGAAUGUACAAUUACGUGUAUCAAUAAUCAGAUUGAUCAAUGAACUGUUGAUUUCGGGUCCGGUUAAUUGCUAUUUAUUUCUCUUAAAUUACAAUUAUAAUGAAUACAAAGAACAAAGAUCGCUGUCAUAUAAUUAUUACAAUUACAAUGAUGAUCAACUAUUAUCUUGGGUCUACAAAUUCAAUAACAGUAUCACUCCUUUUGUGCUCCUGAGUGAAUUGGACAACAUUACUAUUUAUAAUUCAAUCAAUAGUCCUUUGGUUACCAUGCAAAUUGAGAAAUUCGUCAUUUUAGAUAGUAUUAUGAUAGCAGCUGGGCAACAGUUUUAUGUUGGAUUCAAUGAAACUCUAACUGAUCAUAUUCAUCAAUCAACAGUUGAUACUCAGUUUGAUUUAACUAAAGAUACCAUGAUUCUGAAUUCAUGGCUGAAGUAUGCAAGACAAGGAAUGGGCUAUGCAGAUGAAUUACGAUAUGGUUCAGGGUUUAAUUCAACAACCGAUGGUUAUACAAUUCAAUCAACCAAUCGAAAUGAAUCAUUCAAUUUUGCAAGCUUAAGCUUUCGAGAGUCUUUCUGGACGAACUGGACUUUCAGAUACACAAAUGAAAUUUUAUUCCCAAUCAAAUAUCAACACAGUGACAAGUUAAUUAUGGAUAAAAUAGAGUUCGAUAAACAAAUUGGAAACUUCUCGUACGAUUUAGUGAUCACAACUCUUAGGGUGGCUAGAAAGCAAUUCAAGCCUGGGAAUAUCUCAUCAGACCUGAUCUUGAAAAAUCUUCAAGUUGAACGCAAACUGUAUAACAAGGAAAAUAAAUCUUCAUUGGAUUAUCAAUUGAUAAAAACUCAGAAAAGCUUCUUUUAUGGUUACAUCAAAUUGAAUUAUGAGCCUAAACAUCGAGUUUACACUCUCAAUAACAAGUGGUUUCAAGAUGAAAAAAUAGAUGUCUUAACCCUUCGACUGACAUAUUCAAAAAAUUUGUCUGCAAUCGAAACAUAUUCUUUGCUCAAUAGACUUGAUGAGUUGAGCGAAAAUCUUAAGGAUUUAAUAUGUUUCAAGCUUGGAAUAUCUUAUCUGAGGAUAAAAUCGGUUCGAUUACAGUUUCACAGUACUUAUCUAAUAGCCACAGUCAAAAUUACUGAAAGGUUCAAUUUCGUUGACUUACUGAUUUAUCGAAAGCUUGACCUAUCAGGAUUUUUACAUUUUCUUUACUCACAAACUCGCUUGGAACUUGAAGCCAUGAAAAGCAAUGUCAGUAAAAUCAUCAGCUGCAAUGACAUUAGCUUCGGAUGCAUUGGAAUAACGCUUGAUCAGCCUUUGCCUGAGCAAAAUGAAGAUACAUCAAACGCUGUUAUAUACAACAAUUUGGAUAAAGUAUUGUAUAAACUUGUUCAAGAGCCAUCAUUAAGAGAACUGAAAAUGUCAUACAAACAUCUAAAUCAAACAACGCUUUCCAGUGCUGAACUAAACUUUGACCUACAUCCAAUCGAAUCAAAUGAUAGCCAUUCACCAAUUGAUUCUGAUUCGUUCAAUGUGAAAAUUUAUUGUAGAAAUUGUUUAGGCAACUGUAUCUUUUACUGAUUGUCGCCCUCGUUUGCGUCGUCAUUGGCUUCGCUGCAAUUGCGUGCAAAUUAUAUCGACGAAACGUUCGAAUCAGCUCAUCUCCGUCAAUUUCACUGACAGUUUUGAAAGAUUCAUAAGAUUAUAACAUUAUCAGUAUAAAUUGUGACCUUAAAAUACUUAUUUGAAUCUAAAGACUCUGAAUUUUUAACAAAUUUAAAUGAAAGUAUUAAAAAUUCUUAUUGUUUCUGUAUUCUCUUCAAGUUUAUUACUACGAUCAUGGCUGGUCGUAAAUUUCUUUCUACUGAAUACAAUAAAUUCAAUCCACAUUUAAAGACUCGAAUGGUCGAUGUAAAAUCAUUGUCAAUGAGAAAAUUUUUUCAUUCUAAUGAACAGAUUGUCAUUAUUUUUACACAGAAAUAAAGAAAGAUGCUUCGCAUUAGUUCAACAUCAAAUCAA